GAAGUUAUAGGGAGAGGAACAGGAGAGAGAAGCUCCAGGGAGGGAGACGUUAUAGAGAGAGAAACAGGAGAGAAGUCUGGAGAGAACAGAGCGACAUGAGUGCAGCGUAGAUACCCGGGGGAAGGGAGAGAGAGAGAGAGAGAGAGAAGUCUAAAACCGAGAGGGAGGUCCAAGUUCAUCUCAUGGGCUCCACCACUCUCUGACCAAUUCCUCACUUCUUUACAAAUUCACCUAAUGGAUGCCCCCAACCACUCCCAUCUCUCUCUCUCUCUCUCUCUUCCGCGUUCUUUCUCUCUCUCUUCCGCGUUCUUUCUCCUCUCCUUGCAGCGCUUUCUCUCUCUUAACUUUGUCACCGGGCGCACUCCAGGCAAGGAGAGAGAAUUCACUUCCCUGUGCGUGGUGUUUUCUCACGGGCGGGCGGCCGGCUAUGGGAGCAUACAUACCCAAUCUUCUUCUUAUGAGCUCUUCGAAAUGAAAUUGGAUAACUUUUCUAGGGUUUUGUGCUGGAAAUCGCGAGAAGCUAAGAUUUAAAGGAUAUAUUUCCCUCAGAAGAUGGCAGAAGUUUGGGAGAUGAAUUACGACAAUGGCAGUCAAUCUGAUGACAGCUAUCAUUUUGAAAGAAGGCAUAUUGAACCUCCUUUUGAUUCUUUUAUUUGCCCUCUUACGAAACAAGUAUUCCGGGAUCCUGUUACUAUUGAAAAUGGCCAAACAUUUGAGCGAGAGGCUAUUGAGAAGUGGUUCAGGGAGUGCAUAGACACUGGAAGGCCGCCAAUUUGCCCAUUGACAUCGAAGGAAUUGAAAAGCACAGAUUUGAAACCUAGUAUAGCUUUACGAAAUACAAUUGAAGAAUGGACUGCGAGAAAUGAAGCUGUUAAACUUGAAAUUGCUGCUUCAUCAUUAUCACCUAACAGCCGAGAAAAUGAUGCUUUGCAUGCUUUAAAAUAUGUGCAACACAUCUGUGAAAAAAGCAAAUCCAAUAAGCACACAAUCCGUAAUGCUGGAUUGAUACCCAAUAUUGUCAAUCUGUUAAAAAGUGGCAGCAAGAAAGUACGGUGUAGAGCACUUGAAACACUUCGUAGCGUGGCAGAAGAGGAUGCGGACAAUAAGGAAGCUAUGGCUACGGGUGAUACGAUACGAACUAUUGUAAAAUUCUUAUCGCAUGAACUUUCUGAAGAAAGGGAGCUGGCUGUAUCUUUGUUGUACGAGCUAUCAACGUCUGAAUCCUUGUGUGAGAAGAUUGGUUCAGUGAAUGGCGCAAUUCUCAUAUUAGUUGGGAUGACAAGUAGCCAAUCAGAGAAUAUUUUGACUGUGGAGAAGGCUGACAAAACACUUGUGAAUCUGGAGACUUGUGAGAAGAAUGUGAGGCAGAUGGCUGAAAAUGGUAGACUGCAUCCGCUUCUGACACUCCUUCUUGAAGGUGACCCAGAUACCAAACUUUCCAUGGCCACACACCUCGGGGAGGUUGUCCUGAGCAAUGAUGUGAAGACCUUUGUGGCCGAGAUGGUGGGGUAUGCCCUCGUGGAAAUCAUGAAAAGUGGAACCCUUCAGGCCCGCGAGGCCGCACUCAAGGCCCUCAACCAGAUCUCCUCGUGCGAGGCUGGGGGUAAGAUCCUUGUUGAGGCUGGCAUUCUUCCCCCUCUCAUUAAGGACCUCUUCACGGUAGGCAUCAACCAGCUCCCCAUGAAGCUCAAGGAGAUUUCCGCCACUGUCUUAGCUAAUGUCGUGAGCUCGGCCUCCAACUUUGAACCCAUCCCUUUAGGCCCUGAUGGCCAAACCUUGGUAUCUGAAGACAUUAUACACAACCUCCUCCACCUCAUAAGUAAUACAGGCCCUGCUAUCGAGUCCAAGCUCCUCCAAGUGCUUGUUGGGCUCACAAGCUCCCCAACCACCGUGCUUGAAGUGGUGGUAGCGAUUCGAACAUCAGGGGCCACAAUAAGCUUGAUACAAUUCAUUGAGGCCUCACAGAGAGACCUACGGUUGGCCUCAAUAAGGCUCCUUCACAACCUUGCACCUCACAUGGGCCAAGAGCUCGCGGAUGCCCUAAGGGCUGCUCCAGGGCAGCUCGGUGGCUUAGUUAGGGUGGUCACAGAAGCUCGAGGCGGGAUUGCAGAGGAGCAAGCAUCAGCCGCCAUGCUUCUCGCCAACCUCCCCAUUAGAGACUCGGGCCUGACGAGAAGCCUCUUGGAAGAAGGGGCUUUUCGGGCCAUCAUACUGCAAAUCAAGGAACUAAGGAGAGGCGAGACUCGUGGGUCUAGGUUUGUGACCUCAUACCUCACUGGGCUUGUUGGAAUCUUGACGAGGCUUACUUUUGUUAUAGGGCAGGACCAAGAAGCUCUAGACUUGGCUCAAGAGCACGAUCUUGUGGGCUUGUUUUCCGAGCAUCUUCAGGCCAACGGGCUAGACGAGGUUCAGAGGCUCUCAGCCAUGGCCCUUGAAAACCUCUCGGCCGAGACUAGGAAGCUCACAAACAUUCCUGAGGUCCCAAGACCAGGGCCAUGCGGUGUUCUUUUUUCAUGCUUUUACAAGCAACCUGAGGUCAUGGGCACGUGCCCGGUGCACUUAGGAAUAUGCUCGAGGAGGGAGACGUUCUGUUUGCUUGAGGGCAAUUCAGUGAAGAAGCUCGCAGCUUGUUUGGACCAUGGCAAUGAAGCAGUAGUGGAAGCUGCCCUUGCGGCCCUAUCUACACUUUUGGACGAUGGGGUUGAUAUUGACCAAGGGGUGCAAGCCUUGUGUGAGGCUGAGGCAGUUGGGCCAAUGUUGGAGAUAUUGAAAGAGGGGAAGACAGAGGUGCUUAGGAGAAGAGUGGUUUGGGCGUUGGAAAGGGUGUUGAGGUCGGGGGAAGUGGCUGCUGAGGUUUCGGGGGAUGCAGCUGUGGCCUCAGCUCUUGUUGAUGCAUUUAGACAUGGGGAUUAUAGGACUCGGCAAGUAGCUGAGCAAGCCCUCAGGCAUGUGAAUAGGAUGCCAAAUUUUUCAGGGAUUUUUCAGAAGAUGGGUUAGGGAGAGGCUAUGGCCGUGAAAAAAAGCUUGGAGGAGUUUGAAGGAGGAGGAGGUUGUUGCCUCUUGGGUGGUGAAGAGGUAAGGGGUUCAUUGAGGAUUUUUUAUAGUGGAAUUAUUUGGUUCUACUUUGGGGGGUUGAAAUGUUGUUUGCUAUGUAUGUAUUCUCUUUGUGCAUCUUGUUUUUUUAAUUGUUUGGGCAGGCAGGAGUCCGCCUGUUGCCUCAGAUAAGCUUCUCCCCAUGUAUGCCAGCCUUACGUUUGAUGAGUUUAUGGAUUUUGCACUCUUCUUUUUGUUUU